GUUAGACAUCAGUCUUUACAGACGCUCUCUGUGUAUCUUUGGAUCAGCGGUUCUGGAAGUUUGGCUGUUUAAAGAGCUCCGGGGACUUUCACCGCCGCUCGGUGAGCUGCUGCUGCUGCUGCUGCUGCUGAAGCGGAGCUGACUGACGCCCCUCCUGCCCGCCUGCCUGCCUGCCUGCCCCGGUCGGGUAAAAGGCGCAUGUGUGUUGUUCCUGUGAUGUGAGUUGAGCCGCAUCCAGACGCACUGGCCGCCGCUGGCUGAUGCCCCCCCCUCCACCACCCUUUUCUCCUCCUCAUCUUUGGUGGUGUUGUGCGCAAAAUCUCCAGCGCCGGACGGACGGACGCAGUUUUGACGUUUAUAACCGAAACAAAAUGAGGAUUUCUUCUCGCGAUUGGAUUCUGUUGAUGUUCUCUGGCUUUUGGGGGCUGACUAUGGGUGCUUUCCCGAGCAGCGUUCAGAUCGGCGGUCUGUUCAUCAGAAACACUGAUCAGGAGUACACUGCCUUUCGGUUGGCAAUCUUCCUGCACAACACCAGCCCGAACGCCUCGGAAGCCCCGUUCAACCUGGUGCCCCAUGUGGACAACAUCGAGACGGCCAACAGCUUCGCGGUCACCAACGCCUUUUGCUCCCAGUACUCCCGCGGUGUCUUCGCCAUCUUCGGCCUGUACGACAAGCGCUCGGUCCACACGUUGACGUCCUUCUGCAGCGCCCUGCACAUCUCCCUCAUCACGCCCAGCUUCCCCACCGAGGGCGAGAGCCAGUUCACCCUGCAGCUCCGGCCGUCCAUCCGAGGGGCCCUGCUCUCCCUCCUCGACCACUACGACUGGAAAAAGUUUGUCUUCUUGUACGACACCGACCGAGGAUAUGCCAUCCUGCAGGCCAUCAUGGAGAAGGCGGGACAGAACAACUGGCAGGUCAGCGCCAUCUGCGUGGAGAACUUCAACGACGCCAGCUCCCGGCGACUGCUGGAGGACCUGGACCGGCGACAGGAGAAGAAGUUCGUCAUCGACCUGGAGGCCGAGAGGCUGCAGAACAUGUUGGAGCAGAUUGUCAGCGUCGGGAAACACGUCAAAGGCUACCAUUACAUCAUGGCCAACCUGGGUUUUAAGGACAUCAACCUGGAGCGCUUCAUGCACGGUGGAGCCAACGUCACAGGCUUCCAAGUGGUGGACUUCAGCAACCCCAUGGUCAUCAAACUGAUGCAGCGUUGGAAUAAGCUGGAUCAGAGGGAAUACCCCGGCUCAGACGCCCCACCCAAGUACACCUCAGCGCUGACGUACGAUGGGGUGAUGGUGAUGGCCGAGGCCUUCAGGAACCUCCGCAGGCAGAAGGUGGACAUUUCCAGACGGGGAAACGCCGGCGACUGCCUGGCUAACCCCGCCGCCCCGUGGAACCAAGGCAUCGACAUGGAGCGCACCCUCAAACAGGUCCGGCUGCAGGGAUUAACAGGUAAUGUCCAGUUUGACCACUAUGGCCGCAGGGUCAACUACACUAUGGACGUGUUUGAGCUGAAGAAUAACGGACCCAGACGGAUCGGCUACUGGAACGACGCAGACAAGCUGGUGCUGAUCCAGGACUCUCCGCUGCUUCCGAACGACACGUCCGGCAUAGAGAACCGCACCGUCGUAGUUACCACCAUCAUGGAGGGUCCCUACGUGAUGCUCAAGAAGAACUGGGAGAUGUACGAGGGCAACGACCAGUACGAGGGUUACUGCGUGGACCUGGCCUCGGAGAUCGCCAAACACAUCGGCAUCAAGUACAAGAUCUCCAUCGUCCCGGACGGAAAGUACGGCGCCAGGGACCCAGAGACGAAGAUCUGGAACGGCAUGGUCGGGGAGCUGGUGUACGGGAAAGCGGAAAUCGCUGUGGCCCCUUUGACUAUCACGUUGGUCCGGGAGGAGGUGAUCGAUUUCUCCAAACCCUUCAUGUCGCUGGGUAUUUCCAUCAUGAUCAAGAAGCCCCAAAAGUCUAAACCGGGGGUGUUCUCCUUCCUGGACCCGUUGGCCUAUGAGAUCUGGAUGUGCAUCGUGUUUGCCUAUAUCGGCGUGAGCGUGGUGCUCUUCCUGGUCAGCCGCUUCAGCCCGUACGAAUGGCACACCGAGGAGCCCGAAGAGGGCACCGACGGUCCGCCUAGCGACCAGCCCCCCAAUGAGUUUGGCAUCUUCAACUCUCUCUGGUUCUCCCUGGGCGCGUUCAUGCAGCAGGGCUGUGACAUCUCUCCAAGGUCGUUAUCGGGACGAAUCGUCGGAGGAGUGUGGUGGUUCUUCACGCUCAUCAUCAUCUCGUCCUACACGGCUAACCUGGCUGCCUUCCUCACUGUGGAGAGGAUGGUUUCUCCCAUUGAGAGCGCAGAGGAUCUGGCCAAGCAGACCGACAUCGCUUAUGGCACUCUGGACUCCGGCUCGACCAAAGAGUUCUUCAGGCGGUCCAAGAUCGCCGUCUAUGAGAAGAUGUGGGGGUACAUGAAGUCGGCCGAGCCCACAGUCUUCACCAAGACCACGGCCGAGGGGGUGGCACGUGUCCGCAAGUCCAAAGGGAAAUAUGCCUUCCUGUUGGAGUCAACUAUGAAUGAGUACACAGAGCAGCGCAAGCCCUGCGACACAAUGAAAGUGGGAGGCAACUUGGACUCCAAAGGCUACGGAGUAGCUACACCCAAGGGUUCACAGUUAAGAAGUGCAGUUAACCUGGCAGUGUUAAAACUCAAUGAGCAAGGCCUGUUGGACAAAUUGAAAAACAAGUGGUGGUACGACAAAGGAGAGUGUGGCAGCGGAGGCGGUGGCGAGAAGGACAAGUCGUCCCAGGCCCUCAGUCUGAGCAACGUGGCGGGGGUCUUCUACAUCCUCGUCGGGGGCCUGGGCCUGGCCAUGCUGGUGGCCCUCAUCGAAUUCUGCUACAAGUCGCGCAACGAGGCCAAGAGAAUGAAGCUAACAUUUACAGAAGCCAUGAGGAACAAGGCCCGCCUGUCCAUCACGGGCAGCGUUGGGGAGAACGGACGGGUUCUGACGCCCGACUGUCCCAAGGCCGUCCACGCCGGGCCUCCCAUCCGCCAGAGCUCCGGCCUAGCCCUGGUCUCCUCUGAGCUCCCGUGAAAACCAAAAACCUCUCAAGUGCCUUAUUCCAAUAAUUAUAAUAACGAAAUAAUAAUCACACCGCCCACCACCGGAAACCUAACCAUAAAGAAACAGGAUUGACGACACGGCCAAACAGGUCUCUUCCGGUGGGCGCCACAGGACAACAAAUCCCACCGAUGGAGGUCAGAGGAGGAGGAGGAGUCGUUAUUUGCUCUGCGACUUCUCUCAGAAAUCUGUGGAAACCAGAGGCAGAACAAUUGUUCUUUAUUUUAUUUUAUUAUUAUUUUUUUUUUUACUGUGCAGCCACACGGAAAGCAUUUAAUCAUGAAAGUCCACUGGAGACAUUUCCAGUGGCAGACGGAGAAGAAAAUGAAUAAUAUCAUAAUAUAUGAUAAAGAUGAAGACCAGAAAACUGUAAACUUGAAACUCAAAAACUGUGCUUUUCUUUCUUUCGUUUUUUUUUUUGUCUUUUUUCUUGGAUCGCUGUGAAUUUGGGGGUGGGGGGUUGGGGUAAAAAAAAACAAAAAAAAAAAACACAAUCAAGAUUGUUUUCAAACUGAACAGUAUUUGCUACACAGACAUGAGCAGCGUUCAAGAGACAACUAUCUCGCCGGAUAUCAACGCUGCAGCCUCGGCGCCGUGACGACGCGACGAAAAGAUAUUUGUAAAAACUAAAAAAUCUAUUGAUACUGAAUAUAUGAGCAAACAUAGAAAGCUGUGAACAUAAGUAAAUAUGUAUAUUCCGUGAAAAAAAAAGAAAAGAAAAAAAUCUAAUGAAAUAUUUAGCUGUACAUAGGGACAACUGUGCUUGCUUUUUAAACACAUGUACAUAGCAGAUAUUGUAGUGGACAGACAGACGGUUCUUUUUUGUAAAUCAUCUUUAAAGAUUUUAAUUCAUCGCAAUAAUGAAAAAAAAAAAGCGGUUGAUGGAAGGAGUGUUUAAAAAAAAAUGUGUGUAACUGUAUAAUAAUCAAACUCUUAAAUGUGAAGAGGGGUAUCGACUGCCCAGAUAUUCUGAUACCUGCUACGUACAGAAAUUAUUAAUAAAUAUAUUCAAUAACAGAUGAAUGUUAACUAGCUCCAUCCACCCACCCGCCCACGCCCUCGACCCUGAAACCACAACCCUCACUGUGCAGACGCAGAGGAGACCCAGAGAGCUGCUCACGAGUGGAGCUUUACGAAUCCAAGGUUCUGCCGUCAGAUUAGAACUAUUUUUUUCAUUCUUCGAUCUAUUUUUUGUACCGAGAGUUGAAAAAAAAAGAAGAAAAAAAAAAGAAAUCGUGUGUCUCCUGGUUUUAAACGUACUAGACCUUUUAGAGCAUCGUGUGUGGAGACAUGGAAACGACACAAAAAUUGAACCAGUGCCAUUUCUCUCACUGUAUGUUUAUUUAACGAGCGCUGUUUCCAGCUGAUGAAGACGCUGUUUGUGUGUCGAGCGAUGAUUUACAGCCCUUCCUUUGUUGAAUCACUGUGGAUCCUCCGGGGGAGGCUGGACACCCCGUAGCAGAAAUGUCCUCAUCUCCUCUGGAAGUGGAAGGACAAUCUGCAGUAAGGAAAAAAAUAUAUAUAUACUGUACAUAUAUAUAUAUAUAUUUAAAAAAAUGAGACGCCACAUAUUCCGCGUAUGCCAGCCCAGUGACGGUGUUGGUAAAAGGAUUUUGUUUUAUUCUCUUGCUCAUGGACGGGUGAGAAGCCUACAGCAGCAGAGAAACCAGCUGAAAUAGUUCAGGUCAUUCUUCUUCUUCUUCUUCUUCUUCUUCUUCUUCUUCUUCUUCUUGUCCUGCCAUCUGUCUUUAGAGCUGAAGUGUAAUAUGGCGUCUUAUUUUGGUUUCAAUUGUACAUCUUUAUUUUGAUCUUUUUUAAGUAAAAACAAAUUUCAAAUUUCAA